CGGAGCGAAGGCGAGGCGGCUGGGGGAGGGGGCGCGGUGGGGGGAGGAGUAGGAGAAGACAAAAGCCGAAAGCGAGGAGGGCCCGGGCCGCACACACCGCAGUGCACGGGGCAACCCUGUCGGCAGGCAGCAUGGGGAAGGGGGGGAACCAGGGCGAGGGGGCCACCGAGCGCGAGGCGCCGAUGCCUACCUUCCGCUGGGAGGAGAUUCAGAAGCACAGCCUGCGCACGGACCAGUGGCUCGUCAUCGACCGCAAGGUCUACAACAUCACCGAGUGGUCACACCGGCACCCGGGGGGCCACCGGGUCAUCGGGCACUACGCAGGGGAAGAUGCUACGGAUGUCUUCCUGGCCUUCCAUCGCAACCUUGAUUUCGUGCGCAAGUUCAUGAAGCCCCUGCUGAUCGGCGAGCUGGCCCCUGAGGAGCCCAGCCAGGACCACAGCAAGAAUUCCCAGAUCACUGAGGACUUCCGGGCCCUGAGGAAGACCGCGGAGGACAUGAACCUGUUCAAGAGCAACCACCUGUUCUUCCUUCUCUACCUGGCCCACAUCAUCGUCAUGGAGAGCAUCGCCUGGUUCACCAUCUUUUACUUUGGCAAUGGCUGGAUUGCAACCGUCAUCACGGCCUUCAUCCUUGCUACCUCUCAGGCCCAAGCUGGAUGGCUGCAACACGAUUACGGCCACCUCUCUGUUUACAAGAAGUCCACGUGGAACCACAUAGCCCACAAGUUCAUGAUUGGUCACUUAAAGGGCGCUUCUGCCAACUGGUGGAACCAUCGCCACUUCCAGCACCACGCCAAGCCCAACAUCUUCCACAAGGACCCGGAUGUGAACAUGCUGCAUGUGUUUGUCCUGGGUAAAUGGCAGCCCAUUGAGUACGGCAAGAAGAAGCUGAAAUACCUGCCUUACAACCACCAGCACGAGUACUUCUUUCUGAUUGGGCCACCGCUGCUCAUCCCCUUAUACUUCCAGUACCAGAUCAUCAUGUCCAUGAUCGUUCACAGAGACUGGGUGGAUUUGGCCUGGGCCAUCAGCUACUAUGCCCGUUUCUUCAUCACCUACAUCCCUUUCUAUGGUGUCCUGGGAGCCAUCAUUUUCCUCAACUUUAUCAGGUUCCUGGAGAGCCACUGGUUUGUGUGGGUCACGCAGAUGAACCACAUCGUCAUGGAGAUUGACCAGGAGCCCUACCGUGACUGGUUCAGCAGCCAGCUGGUGGCCACCUGCAACGUGGAGCAGUCCUUCUUCAAUGACUGGUUCAGCGGGCACCUCAACUUCCAGAUCGAGCACCACCUCUUCCCCACCAUGCCCCGGCACAACCUGCACAAGGUCGCCCCGCUGGUGAGGUCCCUGUGUGCCAAGCAUGGCAUCGAGUACCAGCAGAAGCCCCUGCUGCAGGCCCUGCAGGACAUCAUCAGGUCCCUGAGGCAGUCUGGGCAGCUGUGGCUGGACGCCUACCUCCACAAAUGAAGCUGCAGCCCUCCGGGCGCCCAUGGGGAAGGGGGACCAGGUGGGGAUGGUGGCCAAAGGGAAGGGUGGGAUUUCGUUCAGGGGGGUGUCAUGAGGCUGUGGUACCUGCUGGCUCACAGGCUCUGGGUUCGGUCUUCCCUGUUUUGCUCUCUGGUUUCGCUGCCUUCGCGCCUCCCCCCAGCACCCUCCCUCCUGGGGCCUGCCCGGUCAGCCCGGCUCUCCCCACCUAGGAGCAGGGCCAGGUGGCUCCAUCCCUGCCAUUACCCUCUGUCCCUAAACAUCUGCCGGACCAGAGGUGCACAGGUGCAGCCUGUGGCCCCCCCGCCCCUUGCACCUGGCCUCCAGGCCUCACACCGCCUUCUCCCUCAGAUGCUCUUGAGGUCUGCAGGGCUGGGUCCUAGCCAGCAGGACGGCUCCCUGAGCCUGCAAGCCUGGCUCCACCCUCUGAUCGCCGCCCACCGUCUGCCCCUAUGUGGGGUGGCGUGCUUUGUGCCUGGGUCUCCUUCCCACCGCCAGGAUCGGUACUUGGGGCGUCCCUGCAGGCCCCACUUUCUCUUCAGAUGUCUUCAGCCCCUGGGCCCUGACGCCAGGUUCCCUUUGCCUGUAGCGCAGCCAGCUCAGGCCUCGGGGCCCAGGGAAAUGUCCUCCUGGCCCCACUGGAGCCCUCUGACCCAGGGCUCGAGCAGUUCCAUCCUGCUGCCUCCCAGCUCUAGAGCCUGGGACUUUGGGUCCAAGGGGGCAGUGCCACAGAUGGGCUUAGCAGAAGCAAUGGCCAGGUCAGGGGUCAGCCAGCCUGUAGGCUCAGCCCUGUGCCCCCAUCCCUGUUCAGAUGUUUGUCCCGGUUGAGAGGCCUAAAAUUCUGGAGCAAUCAGACCCUUCCCCAGAGUGCUCCGUUACCUGCCAGGCAGUGCCAGCCAAUCCCUGGCUGCUUGGCCCGUGCAGACUUGGGUCCCACAGGCUGCAAGCGGGCACUGGAGCCCGGGGGCUCAUCCCAGCUCCUCCCCAGGUUGGAGCUGCCCGCGUGGACACUCUCUUUCACCGUCUUCUAUGCUGUCUUUUCCUGGUUUUUUAACCUUUUGCUACAGGAUGCAUUCUGACGGGGGUGGCAACGGGACUGGGCCACGUGACAAUCUGCCUGUUACCACCCGCCCCUCGCAGCCUCCCCAGGCCCCACAGUGGGUUGAGCUGGGCUCACUCACUGAGGCCAUGGUGGCCCUGACUGUCGGGAGGCAGAGAAGGAAGGAGUCCCAGAGGAGGUGACCCUGAGGAGCCGGGGGUUUGGGGGGGAACCUAGUGGGACAAGGAGGGGUUGGGGCUAGAGGCCAGACAGCUGAGGGGACAGGAAAGUGAGAGGGGAGGGUGGGGAGCUUGGUGCCACUGGGAGGAUCCAGAGCUGCUGCAUUUGGAAAUUAACCCACUAACCAUUAUGUAGCUCCAGGGGAGGGCGGGACAGGAACCAGCGCUGGCCAGCCAGGAGGGACCCGCCCUGAUGGACCUUCAGGUUGCCAUGGCAACGAGGGUCCGCCUGAGGGCCUCCCACUGAGAACACACUGGCCAGAAGAGCCGCUGUCCCUCCCCUGGGGCAGAAUGGAUCCAUAGGGAACUGAUCUUAAUUUUUAUCAUGUUGCUUCCCCACCCCUACAUUUUUGGAAAUAAAUGAAGUGAUUUUAUUCUCACUUCCUUGAUCAGC